GCAGAUGUCUCUGGACACGGAACCACCGUGUAAAAAGACUAAGACCCACAGCAUGGACGUGGCGGGUAGCAAUAGCAAGCUGGUCAUGGAAGCCUCUGUGGAUAUCGAAGAGGAUGAGGAGUGGUACUUCGAGUCUUUCUGUGAGUUGCUUAUGAAUGACCUGUUCAACAGUAGCUGGGAGACGCGGCAUGGUGCUGCCACGGGACUCCGGGAGGUCAUCCAUAUCCAUGGUGAUUCUGCUGGGUUGUCAAUAGAUAUCCCACAAGAUCAGCUGCACACCAUUAACCAGGUGUGGCUGACAGACCUCGCCCUCAGGCUGUUGUGUGUCCUAUCCCUGGACAGAUUCGGUGACUAUGUCUCCGAUGAGGUUGUGGCCCCAGUCAGGGAGACAAGUGCUCAGACCCUGGGGAUGGUGAUCAAGCACUUGGACAAGAGCGGGGUGGAGGGACUGGUCAAUGUCCUGUUACAGUUAUUGACCCAGCAGCAGUGGGAGGUCAGACACGGGGGACUGCUAGGCUUUAAAUACCUCCUGGCUGUCAGACAGGACAUGACGGACAGAAUCCUGCCUACUGUUCUGCCCUUUCUGUUCCAAGGUCUGCAGGAUGUGGACGAUGAUGUCAGAGCAGUUGCCGCGGCUGCCCUUGUCCCGGUGGCAUGUGAUCUUGUCCGUCUGCUUCCACAACAGGUUCCUCUGAUCCUGACCUGUUUAUGGGACACUCUGUUAGAUCUAGAUGACCUGACAGCUUCAACCAACAGUAUUAUGACACUCCUAUCAACUAUUCUAACAAAUCCACAGGCUUCAGUUAGGGAUUGGCUGUCCCAACCUCUCCCUGAGUUGGUGCCCAGAUUAUGGCCAUUCCUCAGACAUUCCAUCGCAUCGGUCAGGCACUCCGCCCUUCAGACUUUUCACACUCUGCUGACACUACCAGAAGACCAGCAAUCUGUUCAGCCAUGGCUACCCUUCAUCCUACAAGAUGCACUCAGGCACAUCUUCCAGAGAAGUCUUCUGGAGGAGAAAGAACGUAUAACCCUGAUCUUAGACAGGGUGUGGAAGCAGCUGCUGUCUAGAGCACCAUUAGAGUACUUAGUGGGCAAUUCCUUGCCCUGGCUCGGGAUCUGGUUGUGCCUCUGUAUGCAGCCCUCAAAACUUCCAUUUGAUUCGUCAUAUCUCAUAGAGGCUAAGCACAGAGGACGAGUACUUUCAGAUUCUGAACAAGGCAAAACCAGACACAGUAUUGGAACCACGCAGAAAGUCAGUCGAGAGGAAAAAGACUACAUAGCUGGAACCAGUACACUGAAUGCUGGGGUUGUGGACAGAGACAUGGCUGUGAUGAGGGCUCGUAUCAUGGCUACCAGGUUUCUUGGAUUGCUGUGUAGCUACAUAAUCAGGGAAAUUCCCAACUUUCCCUCAGAGGGAGAGAAACCAGUUACUUCCCUUACCAAGCUCUUUUUGUUCCACCUGAACAGCAAGUCAGCUGUUCAGAGAUUCGUCAUAGCACAAGUGAUCUACAAUUUGGCUCUUACGAACAAGGAGACCAAACUCCCAGAUGAAGCUGUUGCUAAGUUACUGGAAUGUCUUAACGAGGCAAUCUACUUUGAUGAGGUGGCUAUCUCCUUUACUCACAUGCAAUCAGACUGCCGGGAUUUCAUGGCUGGCCUCAAACAGAAUGGAGUGGACCUGGACUCAGUCAUUUCACCGGGGGGUAUCAUCACUUUGGACCAAGCCAGUUCUCUAACCACCACUUUAUUUGAUCAAGCUAAACCCACCCUAAAACCCAAAUCACAACAAGUGUUUGAAGACAGGAGGAGACAACUCAAAAUCACUGUUGACACGACCAUUCAAGAACUUCAAACCCUCACCAUCAGAGUGCAGUGCAGUUUGGCCAAGGCUGUAGUGGAGUUAGAUGCCUUACCAGAAAAACUUAAUCCUGUCAUUCGACCAUUGAUGGACUGCAUUAAGAAAGAGCAAAAUCAGGAAAUUCAGCAAGAGGCGGCAGACUGCUUAUGUAGAUUACUGAAGAAAUGCUUAGAUAAAAACCCCAGCCCUAACUCCAAGGUACUGAAGAACCUGUGUACCUUUCUCUGUGUGGAUCCCACCUUCACUCCUAAAGCUGCAUCACCCAUUCCAAGUUACUCAGCUGAUGAAAGUGAAGUGAAAUGUGAUCCAAAGUUUGGCAUUGUUACCCUCACAAAGCAACAGAAGACGCCAGAUAUUGGAAAGAGGUGGUUGAAGCGGACAACUAGUUUAAAACUAAAUGACACUUCUGCUGAUCCUGAGAUGAAUGAGACACAAAAACAGAACCAGAUUCAAAGAAGAGGGGCUAAUUUGGCCUUGACAACCAUAACACGGGUAUUUGGAGAUGAAAUUCUCAGUAGCCUACCAACUCUGUGGGAAAAUAUGGUGGAGCCCCUACAAGAUCUGGGGAAAGAUAACAUACUCACGGAGGAGAAAGCCCAGGAGCUGGUGAAUUCUCUUCAGGUCUUGGAAACAUUGUGUACAGUCAUGACUCCAAAUUUACAAUUACAGCUGAAGGAAAGACUUCCAUUGCUUUUGGAUUGCUUGCACAGUCAAUUUACGGCAGUGCGUCACAUGGCAGCUAGAUGUUUUGGAAUGCUCUGUCAGGUGAUGACACUUGACCUUAUGACCUUCAUUAUCGAGAAAGUAGUACCACUUAUGGAUGUUGCUGAUAAUGUUAUAUACAGACAAGGAGCAUCUGAAGCGUUGGCAUGUGUGAUUGAUGGUUUGGGAAUGGACCUAAUCCCUUACAUUGUCCUGCUGGUGGUUCAGGUUCUCCGCCGGAUGAGUGACCAGGACGAGGCCGUGAGGCUGAUGGCCACAUCUUGUUUUGCUUCAUUGAUACGUCUGAUGCCAUUAGAGGCUGGGAUCACCGACCCUCCAGAAAUGAGCCCAGUCCUAAUCGCAGAGAAAGAGAAACAGAGAAAGUUCCUAGAACAACUGAUGGAUGGCUCCAAACUGGAGAGUUAUGAAAUUGUCGUCCCUGUGAAGGCAGAGCUUAGGAAAUACCAAAAGGAUGGUGUGAACUGGCUGGCCUUUUUGAAUAAGUAUCAUUUACAUGGGAUAUUGUGUGAUGAUAUGGGGCUGGGGAAGACCCUACAGUCAAUCUGUAUCAUGGCUUCUGACCACAAAAUCAGAGGUGAAAAAUACCAGGAGACUCAGUCUGUGGAGUUUGCCCCUCUGCCCUCCAUUGUGAUUUGUCCGCCCACUCUAAUUGGACACUGGGUUUACGAGGUCAACAAGUUUGUGGACAUUACUCAUUUAAAUCCUCUCAUGUAUGCUGGCCCUCCAGGUGAAAGAGCAAGAAUUCAAAAGAAAGUGAAGAAACACAAUAUGAUUGUGGCUUCGUAUGAUGUGGUUAGGAAUGACAUCGACUUUUUUAGCACGAUAAUCUGGAAUUAUUGUAUUCUGGAUGAAGGCCACAUUAUCAAGAAUGGAAAAACGAAGCUCUCUAAGGCAGUUAAACAACUGGUUUGUAACCAUCGUUUAAUCCUGUCUGGAACUCCAAUCCAGAACAAUGUCCUAGAUUUGUGGUCUCUGUUUGAUUUCUUGAUGCCAGGAUUUUUAGGAACUGAGAAGCAGUUCCAAGCAAGAUAUGGCAAACCCAUCCUACAAAGCAGAGACGCCAAGAGCACGUCUAAGGAACAAGAAGCAGGUGCUUUAGCCAUGGAAUCUCUUCACAGACAGGUCCUUCCAUUUAUUCUCCGUCGUCUGAAGGGAGAUGUGCUGCAGGAUCUUCCACCCAAGAUUAUCCAAGAUUACUACUGCGAUCUCAGUUCUCUCCAGACUCAACUCUAUGAGGACUUUGCCAAAUCUCGAGCUAAACAGGGCGUGGAGGAUUCUGUUACGUUACUGGAGAGUUCUGACAAUAAGGAGAGGAAAAAUGCUGGUGCUACACAUGUAUUCCAGGCAUUACAGUAUCUUAGAAAACUCUGCAACCACCCAGCACUGGUACUAACAACUAGUCAUCCCAAAUAUGAAGAGGUCACAAAGCAACUCAAGGCCAGUAACUCUACUUUACGUGACUGCCAACAUGCACCGAAGUUGAAUGCUCUGAAACAACUGCUGAUAGAUUGUGGGAUUGGGGUUGCCACUCCACCAAAUUCAGGGUCAGGGUCGCAGUUUGCAACAGAUCUGCCAGUUGUUAAUCAACACCGUGUCUUGUUGUUCUGUCAACUCAAGAGUAUGCUCACCAUUGUAGAAGAGGACUUGCUCAAAUCACAAAUGCCCUCAGUGACAUAUUUAAGACUUGAUGGAAGUAUACCAGCCGGCUCCAGACAACAAAUUGUGAAUAGGUUCAACAAUGAUCCAUCUAUCGACAUCUUGCUGUUGACUACACAUGUUGGGGGGCUGGGAUUGAAUUUGACAGGAGCUGAUACAGUGAUUUUUGUGGAACAUGACUGGAAUCCUAUGAAAGAUCUUCAGGCCAUGGACCGAGCCCAUAGAAUUGGUCAGAAGAAAGUGGUCAAUGUCUACAGGCUGAUAACAAGAGGGACACUGGAGGAAAAGAUCAUGGGACUUCAGAAGUUUAAGAUGACAAUAGCCAACACAAUCAUCAGUCAAGAUAACUCAAGUUUACAGACCAUGGGCACAGACCAACUGCUAGAUCUGUUUUCAUUGGAUGACCAGGCUAAAGGUCAACAGAUAACUUCCUCUGGUGGCAGCAGUGAUCAGGGCAAAAGGGAGAGCAUCAAAUCCAUUCUUGAGAAUUUGGGAGAUCUGUGGGAUGAAAAAGAGUAUGAGUCGGAGUAUAACCUGGAUAAUUUUAUUAAGUCUCUUAAAAGGUGAAAACUGAAGCAUGUGAGAGCAGGGAGUGCCAACAAUGGAUUAUGCAAUCUCAUUUGAUAGAUGUAAUAUUUAUGAUCGUGUUUCACUCAAUGUAAAUUGUUUCAAAACUACUUUUGAAAGCAUGAUGAGAAAAACAACACACUAGACUUGGAAUGGUGUACAUUGCUUCAGUUGUACUGUUCUGUUUUGUAAUAUUGAAUUCUGUUAUCUAAAACAUCUCUAGAAAAAUUAUACUGUUGGACUACAUUUUGUACAUGUACUUUCAAUCGUGGAAAUUUGUAAUAUUAUUUUUCCUUACAUGAAAGAUUUUUUUAGAGGAUUGAUUGUUUAAUGUCCCUCUCGAGAAUUUUUCACUCGUAUGAAGACGUCACCAUUGCCGGUGAAGGGCUGCAAAAUUUAGGCAUAUGCUCGUCACUUACAGCUUUUGAGCAGGGAGGGUUUUUUAUCGUGCCACACCUGCUGUGACCUUGGGCCUUGGUUUUUGCGGUCCCAUCUGAAGGAACGCCCCAUUUAGUCGCCUCAUAUGACAAGCAAGGGGUACUGAGGACCUAUUCUAACCCUGAUCCACUUGGGAUUUUUUAGAAGAACUAUUUAAUUUCUAUGGAGUAGUUAUCUUCUGUUCUGAUAUUAUGCAUGUUCAUUGUUUACUGCAGGCUUUUAUAAGUGUUUUCUUUUUUAAAAAGUUAUUUGGUUUAAUUGUUAGAUUUGUGAAACUCGUGUUUAGAGGAGCGGGGUGGGGUGUAUGAAAAUACUGGAUCUUGAGAAAAACAACUUAGGAUAAUCACGGUAAUGGGAAAAUGAUUGAAAAUAAAAUGAGGUGCCAAAGUUUCCCUCUGCAUAGUAUUUGUAUUUUGGUGAAACUCUCUCUUGAUAUUGGACAAUAAAAAAUCAAAUUGAAGUUGCACAUGUACAUGAAUACCACUACAUGCUAAUUAUGUUUUCAUUUUCUACCUCAUGUUGACUAUAGAGCUAUUAUCGUAGGUGACAAUUCAUGACUAGCAUGACAAAAUAGAUAGAGUUAACGACACACUUUAUCAUCUUCAAUGCACACAAAUACUUCAUUUCAACAUUUUCAGUUUCUGUAAAACACAAGAAACUGUCAAACGUCGACAGGAAUCUCUUUCUGAACUUUGUUGCUCUGUGUAUUUCAAUGUUUCAUCAUUAAAUUCAUUCAUUAAUUCAGGAGAUACUGGUUCACCAGCAUCUGUAGAAUAUGUAGAGGUGUUAUAUACCUUAUAUGCAUGUAAAUAUCCCAUGUCUCAUUUGUGGUUUUUAUCAAUGAUCAUUGAAAUCCCUUACAGUGAUGCUUUAGCGUCUUUCCAUACAAGUACUGUUAAUUUAGUUGUAUGAAGAAGGAAUAAAGUGGUGUAAACCAAAGAUCUUCCUUAAUACAGGACUUGUGUGAUUGAAGUAGGGCUGGGCUUUCAUUGCCUCCAACAUUUACUAGAUUUGUUACAUUAAAUAAUUGAUAAUUUUUCACAAAGUGAAACGUUUGUUAUUUGUAUGUUAAUUUAUCAUGAAUUGAUGAAGCAGAUCAGGCCGUGUAAUUGAAUAUUGAUUUGAAAAAUUUCAAGUUGCAAAUUCUCUGGUUAUAAAGUUUUGACAGACCAUACAUGUAGUUGACAAGUAAAUUCUGCCAACCAAUUUAUUUGUUGUACGUUGAACGAUACAAUUUCAUUGGUACUGUUUCAAACCAGUCGCUGUGUUAAUGCAUGCAUUGAGAAUGUUUCCACAGCUCAACUAUUUGUAGAUAAAAGUUGCUGAUACAAUCAUUGUUGGUUUUCAGUGCAUUUCUUGUAGAAAUACUUAUAAUUGCAUAUUUUCUGUCCUAGAAGUUAAAGUUCAAGAUGAUGUUCUAAAACUGUAACAUACCUAGACUUCAUAUGAGUAAAAAUUAAAAAUGAGUUUAAUGAAUGGUAUUUUUGAUUUAUCAACUUUCUUUUGCUGGGAAACAUCAUUCACGUCUGCUUUACCAAUACUUUUUAAUAUGAUGCAAUCGAUGAAAUGUCAGAAAUUGGUCAUGUGUUAGAGCAUGCUUGCACUUUUCACUCUCUAAGGCUGAAACUCUUUGAAAGUAAAUUUAUGCUUUUGUCUUGUUAACAAGAUAUUGUAGGAAAUAGUCUUGACUUUCUGACACAGACAAAAAUGAAAAAUUUAAAAGUUUAGUAUAUGCAAGGUUAAUUGGUUAUUACAAAAAACUUUGCAUUCUCCAAGUUUUAAAAAAUCAAUGGACUAAUGAUGAAUGUUUAGAGUAAAUAUUUAUUAAUUUCUAUAAUAGUUAAAGUUCUGUCAAGAAUUUGAGUGUUCAAUAAUGAUUGAUUAAAACACCUGCAUAAAAUCUGGGACUUUCUAGCUUUUGUCUCUGCCUAAUUAUUACGCUUGUCACCUUAUCAAUGUUAAGAGUUACUUAAUUAACUUGCAUCUUGUCUGUGGGAACUUUGUAAAUUUUCACUUUAUAAGAAUGGUAGGAAGCAAAGAUUUAAGCAGUCUUCUAAUAUCAUUUUGAUGUUACAGUCGUGAAAUUAAUUCAUUUGAAAUUAUUAGAUUGAAUAAUGAAAUAUAAGUUAAGUGGUGUUUGCAGCAGAAAAAUAUUGACGGUUAAUAAGGUACCUCAUCAGUACACAUGCACUAAGAUUCUUGAAAUUUAAAAAAAAAAUUCUGCUCUUUUUAAGAUAGAUAUCAUUGAUAUAAUGAUGCAUAAACUAAUGAAUUCAGAGAUGUGUGACUGUAAAUUAAACAAAACUCCUAGGUUUAUUCAAACAACUGAUCUGUAAAUGUGUAUGUUCCAGUGAUGUAACCCCUGAGCUACAGACAGGAUUUAUCAUGGUAAACAAUUUCAUUUCUAUGCACUAUUGAAAAAGUAAAGUCAUUUGGUGCAGAUCCAUCUUAAAACUUCUCAGUUUGUAAAACAUGCAUGUGUAUUGAAAGAAGGCUUUAUAUGAAAAAUUGAAAUAGAGACACCAAACUUUUAGAGUUGCAUUAUAUUUGAUAGGACACCAUUGUCGAAAAUCGAUUAGAAGUUUUCAUGAUUUUAAAAGCACACCUGAAAAAUAUCAUUUAAUCAAAACUAGGUUUUCCUUUGAAGUGAAAUUUCAUUGACUUUGUGAUGACUUAUGUCGGGAAUUCUUGUACAUGUAUUAUGAAUAGACGAUGUUCAUAAUUGCAUAUGAUUUCUGUAUAUUUAGAAGAUGUAACAAUAUAUUUUUGAUAUGAUUACAUUCAUACCUUGGUUUACCUGUUCAUUUGAAUUGAUAUCAUGCCUCUGUUGUUAUGGAGGUGAGUGCUUGCUGUUGAAAUCUUGAUACAAUUUCAGUAUGACAGGUUUUGUAAAUGAGAUUAUCAAUUUUCACAAGAUCAAAUUGUUUCAAUAAAACUGUUUCUGUUAA